CUAGCAAAAUCCAAGAUAACUAAAAAUACCAAGCAGCAGGGUCAAAAAAUUGAAGAGCUCGCGGAUAAAAUUGGAGAGCGCACAGCCAGUGAGGCACAGCGGGAAUGGGAUAAUAAGACGGUCAUCCGAGUUCCGUUGACGGCAGGAGAUGAGAUGACAGUCAUUCUGAACCGUCCAUUCCCCUCGUUGGCCGCCCAAAACCGACGCAUCACCCAAUCCAGACCGUCCACUCCACCAAGCAUCUCAUGCUUCAAUCCCAGACACUCCUUCAAGAGAGACUACACAAGCGUAAUGAUAGUCCCAACCGGGGUAGGAGCCGCCAUUGGUGGCUACGCCGGCGACGCUUUGCCUGUGGCUCGCACUCUCUCCGCCGUCGUUGAUUGCCUUAUCACACACCCCAACGUGCUGAAUGCAGCAAUGCUCUACUGGCCCAUGCCUAAUGCUUUAUACGUUGAAGGUUAUGCUCUUGACCGCUUUGCAGAAGGCUCAUGGGGCCUCAUGCCUGUUCACCAAAAUAGGGUGGGUUUGGUUCUUGAUGCUGGAAUAGAAGAACAGCUUCGAGUUCGCCAUUUACAGGUGGCCGAUGCUGCAAGAGCUUCCCUUGGCUUGCCUGUGGUUGAAUAUGUUGUCACUGACACCCCUUUACAGGUAGAGAAGUGGAUUGAUCCAAAAAGUGGGCAAUCAACUGGGAGGAUUAAGCACCCUGAUUCACUAUUGAGGGCUGUGCAGGCUUUACUUAAACGCUCUCAAGUAAAUGCUGUUGCAGUUGUUGGACGCUUCCCAGACGAUGAUGAUGUUCAAGACACAGAUGAUUAUCGAAAAGGGAUGGGAAUUGAUCUAUUGGCAGGGGUUGAGGCAGUUAUAAGCCAUCUAGUGGUGAAGGAAUUUCAAAUUCCUUGUGCACAUGCUCCUGCCUUAUCAUCUUUGCCCCUGAGCCCAUCUCUAUGCCCAAAAUCCGCUGCUGAGGAGUUGGGAUACACAUUCUUGCCAUGUGUGCUUGCUGGGCUUAGUAAUGCACCACAGUAUUUGGUCAAGAACUCUGAGUCUGAGAAUGGUUGCAUACUGGCAAGUCAUGUUGAUAGCGUCAUCCUUCCUGUAGAUGCUUUUGGAGGAGACGGUGUUCUUGCUUUUGCACGAAGCAAAAGAAACACGCCACUUAUAAUUGCUGUGGAGGAAAAUGAAACAGUCCUUGAUGAUACACCAGAUAAAGUUGGGGUUGAAGUGGUCAAGGUCUCAAACUAUUGGGAAGCAAUUGGUGUUAUUGCAGCUCACAAGGCCGGAGUAAAUCCGCAUUCUUUACGAAGAAAUACAAUUAAGAAUAUUCAAUUCACUUCUCUGUUGCCUGCUAAUGGUUAUGCCAUUAAAGUACCACAUCAAUUGGCUGAUUAAAGUAGUGUGGAAUUUUCUAUUUUCUCAACUAGUUUUUAAUGCUUUAAAUAUUCAAAAUAUCAUCAUUCUUUCAUUCAUGACACACAAGUUACAAGGUCUUUAUUCCUUUUUUUUUUGUGGUAAAGAAAUGCAAUUUUGUGGUAAUAAGUUCAUUAUAUAUUUCAUGUUUUAUAGAAAAAUAUGGCUUAUCUAUACUUGAUAAUUAUAUUACUUUGGGUUUAUAGUAGGAGGUUCAACUUGCUGUAAUCCAGUCAUAUGUUCUUGUAAAGAUGUUGAUGAUUGUUGACCGGGUGGAUGAUCUCCCCGGUUAGCUACGGCCUUAACUCAGGUCAGGAUCAGUAAAUGGGUUAAACAAACCCGUAGCGUGUUAGCUAGUUUGUUAGCUAGUAGCAUUAAUGAGGUUGGCUGCAUUAAUGAGGUGGCUGCAUUAAUUAGGUUGGCCUGACUUUGGGAGGCUUCUACUGCAAAUCUCUAGGUUUAGGAGCUCAAGACCAGCUACCAUCUACAUACUUGUAAUUAAUAUUGAGCUUGAAUAGCAAGCUUUCUCCUUAUAUAAAUUCUGUUGUAAGUUAUACAAAGAAAUACAAUGAAAUUGAAACAAGAAAUCUUUCUUCAGAUACUAUUUUAAUACUCUGUUUAGCAUGUUAUCAGAGUAAUAGUUUUUUGUUAUCUCUGCAUAACCUUGUUUUUUCCUUGUCUCUGCUUAACUUGCCCUUAACCUUGUCCUUGCUUUGCUUCUAUAUUGUCCCUACCUCUUGCUCUUGCUUUACUUUGUCUUUGCUUUGCCUUUUGUUCACAGGAUAUUUCUGUGUUCUUUGCCUUGCUGGUGCUAUUUCCUUUGUCUUUGCCUUGGAUUGCCUUUGUAUUGCCCCUACUGGUGUUUGUGUUGCUGCUCCAAUUGUGCAUUUUUUGUUGGUGCUAUGCUGCUGUGUUUUUCACUACAAUCUGCUCAUGCCGAGCACUCUUUGUUGGUGUUUUGCUGCUGCGUUUUUUUUUCUUCUGCUGCCAUCUUUGCCUUACUUCUGUGUGCCUAUUCGACUCAUGGCUUCUAACAAGACAUUCUUUGUGGAUCAUACUAGUUCUGGUAGGAUGAUACCACCUGCCUGCCUUUUUGUAUAUGAUCCACCACCAGGUAAGUCUCAUAAUACAUGGAUAAUUGAUACAUGCAUUUCUGAUCAUAUGACUUUUGACUCUACUUUGUUUAUCUCAUUAUCCUCUGAAUCUCGCCAUCUAUCACUAGUGCCAAUGGUGUCCCUUCCCCAAUCACUGAUGAAGGAUUUGUCCCCCUUUCCUCUGCAUUAUCUCUCACGAAAACCUUGUUCCUUCCAUUAAUUGCAACUUAUUAACCGUUGGCAAGUUACUUGACUCACAUAACUGUUAUGCUACUUUCUAUCCUACAUAUUGCAAAUUUCAGGACCUCCAGACCCAUGAGACGAUUGGUUAUGGUAAAUAGGGAGGGGGCUUGUACUCAUUGGCAUUGCCCACACCACCACCACCUAGUUCCGCCAAGGCUCAUUCCAUUGCUCCGAGUACCUGUGAAACUGACCGCCAACAAAUUCGGCCCCGGCAUCCUUGCUUGAGACACCCAUCCUUUGGUUAUCUCAAGCCCUUGUUUCCCUCGUUGUUCUGCCAUCAUGAUGAUU